AUGGCGAGCAAAGCAGCAUGCAUCCUCGUGCAGCUGGUUGCAGCUGCUGCACUUUCACAGACCUCGUUGCUGGAGCUGAAGGAGGAUGUGCUGCGGUUUUUGCCGGAAGAUUCAGCUGGGAGAGCCCAGUCCUUGCCACUUCGAAGCCCACCUCCACGGCAGAGCAAGAUCGACCACGUGGUUGUUCUGUAUAUGGAGAACCAUGCUGCCGACAACUUCUUCGGUUGCAUGGAUCUGCCUGGAUUUGAUGGAAUUAAAGGUCAUCGCAUCCCAGCCGAUCCCGCAGACCCAUCCAAGGGCUUCAUCAACAUCACCUGCGGAUCUGCGCCGUACGUUUGCUCCAAGGGCCCGAGUUAUGCAACUUUCGAGGGGAAGUUCGCUAAGGAUGGCAACCCGCACCGGUAUCCUUACUCAGCGCAGAGCGACAACUACUCAGCCUUGUGGGGCGCAAUGGAGAAUAGCACUGCUGUGACAAUGUUUGCCCCAGAGCAGGUGCCAAUCAAGGCAGCAAUUGCUCAGAAUUUCGGUGUCUUCAAUAAAUUAUUCACCGCAGUUCCUUCUGCAAGCAGUCCCAACCAUCUCUUCACGCAGUCCGCGACAUCCUGCGGCAUGACCUCCAAUGUGCUUUGGAAGCAGUGUGGUGGAAAUGGGACGUACUUCCCACAACCGACUAUCUAUGACUCUCUGCGUCUGCAUAACGUCAGCUUCAGCUUGUUCCUGAACAGCACAUGUGGUUUGGACGGCAAGCCCUGCCAUGGCGAAGAUCCACACGAUCCUGAUGCCGGCUCGGCGAUCUCUACACCGGAUGUUGCCAUGAUUGGGGUGGCUCGGCACAAGGACCGCUUCAUGAGCCAGGAGAUUUUCUACCAGCAAGCCGCCAAUGGCUCUUUGCCUGCUUUGUCUUGGGUGCUGCCCCCGAUUCAGGCGUGCGACCACCCGUGCCAUGACAUUGCCAAGGGCGAGCGCCUCCUGAAAGAUGUCUAUGAGGCUGUUCGGUCGGGGCCUGGCUGGAACCGGACCCUUCUGUUUGUUGCCUACGAUGAUGCAGGGGGCUACUAUGAUCACAUUGUGCCGCCCUUCGAAGGAGUUCCGGCCGACGGCUCACCAUGUGUGAUUCCAGGCGUCCACCCUGACUGUGGCCCAGACUUUGAUUUCCGACGCCUUGGCCUCCGAACCAGCGCUAUGCUCAUCUCCCCAUGGGUGGCAAAGGGCGCAGUGUACCAGGAACCCAAGCGCGGUCCCAGCAACACCUCACAGUUCGAGCUGACAUCCGUACCAGCCACAAUCAAGAACCUCUUCAACCUGUCCUUCUUCCUUACCCAUCGUGAUGCUUGGGCUGGUAGCUUCGAGGAGUUGCUGCUAGAGUCUCCUAGAUCAGAUGCGCCGCUGCACCUACCGGAGGCUCCUCCAGCCUCCAGUCCUUGGACUCCGCCGCCUCCCCAAGUUUCAGAAGAUUCGCUUUUGCCACCAACUCCUCAGCACUGCAGCUCCUGGCAUGGCAAGGCCGAGGCAAAGUGCAAAGGCCUCUCGCACGUCAACUUGAAGCAGCAACGCAACAUCCGCCUUCUCGCAGACAUGUUGGAGACCCCGCUGCCAGAUAUGAGCAGGAUGGACUUUUUUCAAGCAAACUCCUGGCUUCGCUCAAGCUGGAAUAAGUGGAUGAGGAGUGGCAGCAAGUCAGCCAAGACACGCCAGUCACAUUCCGAAAGCACCGAAAUGAUUUGA